AAUACACUCAAGUAGUAAACACAACAAAUUUCGCUAAUUUUUCUCAAUUUAUUAUUUUUUUAUUGUAAUAGCGUUUGUUAACAAUAGCUAAUAUUCUAAAUUAUUCACUAAGUUAUUCACUUUAUAUGUGUACAUAGUGCCUAUAUUAUAAGAUUAAAUUAAAAAAACAGAAAUGUCGGACGUCGAAGUUGAAAUUCCAACGACAUUUAAAAAACGUAAUAUUAAGAACAGAGGUGGAAGAAAACGAAAAACAUCAUCGUCAGAAGAAAAGAACAGCUCAGAUUCCGAUGACCAGACAGUUGUUUUGCCAACAAAGAGGCCUCAGAAGCAAAAUCCUAGUAUUCAGAGUACUGGGGGAGUGAAAAAGCAAAAGACUGACGAACAAAACAGUGACAGUAGUAGUGAUGAUGAAAAGAAAACACACCGCACCACACUCUCGGUGCAGCAACAGAGGGAGAACGCCACGGCUACGUACGAGUUGGACACGGAACACGAUAAAGACGCUCAAGCUAUAUUUGAGAAGGCGCAGAAGAUUAAUGAGGAGCUUCAGGGGCAGGCCGAUGAUAAGAUAUACCGUGGUAUAAACAAUUACGCGCAGUACUACAAGAAGCGUGACACGGCGGCGGGCAACGCCAGCUCGGGGCUCGUUAGGAAGGGCCCCAUUAGGGCUCCGGCCAACCUCAGGGCCACUGUCAGAUGGGACUAUCAACCUGAUAUAUGUAAAGAUUACAAAGAGACCGGCUUUUGUGGGUUUGGGGACUCGUGUAAAUUUCUCCACGACCGCUCGGAUUACAAACACGGCUGGCAGUUGGAAAGAGAGGAGACGCAACAACCGGGCGGCGGCGGCGACUCGGACUACGAGGUACACAGUGAUGAUGAGCUGCCUUUCAGAUGCUUCAUCUGUCGCGGCAGUUUCAAAGAUCCAAUUGUUACCAAGUGUAAGCACUAUUUUUGUGAAAAAUGUGCCCUAGAAAAUUAUAAGAAGACUACACGAUGUUUUAUAUGCAACGCGCAGACGAACGGUGUAUUCAAUCCGGCUAAGGAGUUGGAAGCCAAAUUGAAGAAUAAUGAAAGCGAAGAUGAUGAUGAUGAUGAUGAAGACGAUUGAAAUA